UGGGUGGUUGAUGCCACCGGUUGCACGGUACUUGUCUAUGGCUCGGGAGUUCAGUCCAGACAAGCCGAGAGCAAGCAGCGGACGCGAUGGGGCUACUCUCUGCGAGUGUCGGCCCACUUCGCAACCGAGUCCGGACGGUUCGGACGUGGAGCCGAGAUUUUUCAGCUAUUUCAGCUUCUUUUCGCGACAGCGGGACACUGUCGUCGAAGAUGUCACUGAUCCAGAGAUGUGGAGGAUUAUAUAAACACAGUUUCCUGCUGACUCGGUUACUUAGCUCAAACAAACCACCAAGAGGUUUUGAAAAGUUUUUCCCAAAGCGUAAAGAAAGCAUUGGUGUUAACAAAACGGCUGAAGAUAAAAAUACCAAAGAUCAACAAUCUGUUGUAGGGGAAGGGCGGGAUCCGAAUGAUGAUGGUGAUAGGGAUGAAAGACGCAAAGGAGGAAAAAAGGAUGAGUCACACUGGUGGACGCGCUUUCAGGAUGAUUUUCCCUGGGAUGAAAAAACACUUCAGAACUUUGCAAUUGGUGCAGCAGGCAUGACCUCAGCUUUUUUGUACUUUCACUUCCGAGAGACGGGGGUCCAGAUUUCGUGGAAGGAUUUUGUGCAUCACUACUUGAACAGUGGCUUGGUUGAUCAUCUGGAGGUUAUCAAUAAACAAUAUGUUAAAGUAAUUCCUGCCCACGGAGUGAACUCAUCAGAAGUUAGUUAUUUGUGGUUCAACAUUGGCAGUGUGGACUCAUUUGAGCAUAACCUGGAGAUGGCCCAGCAACAAAUGGGUCUGGAAGCCACACAGAAAAUACCUGUAUUGUACAGCAGUGAAAGUGAUGGGAAAUUCCUUCUCAGCAUUCUCCCAACCUUACUGCUGACUGGGUUUUUGAUUUUGGCCAUGCGAAAGGGACCAUUGGCAGGAGGUGGUGGUGGUGGACAAGGAAACCCCUUUAGAAUCAGUGAAUCGAAAGCCAAGUUAAUUAAACACAACAUUAACGUACGAUUCAAGGAUGUUGCGGGCUGUGAGGAGGCCAAACUGGAGAUUUUGGAAUUUGUCAAUUUCUUGAAGAACCCACAGCAGUACCAGGACCUAGGAGCCAAGAUCCCAAAGGGUGCGGUGUUAGCGGGUCCACCUGGAACUGGCAAGACGUUGCUUGCUAAGGCCACUGCAGGAGAGGCCAGCGUCCCCUUCAUUACUGUCAAUGGCUCAGAGUUCCAAGAAAUGUUUGUCGGCGUGGGCCCAGCGAGGAUAAGGGGUAUGUUUGCCACAGCUCGGAAAAAUGCCCCCUGCAUCCUUUUUAUUGAUGAGAUUGACGCAGUGGGCAGGAAGAGAGGCAGAGAGAACUUUGGCAGCCAGAGUGAGCAGGAAAACACCCUCAACCAGUUGCUUGUGGAAAUGGAUGGGUUUAACAGUAGCACUAACGUAGUGGUUUUAGCUGGCACCAAUCGACCCGAUAUCCUGGAUCCGGCUUUGAUGAGGCCUGGACGCUUUGAUCGCCAUAUAUACAUAGGCCCCCCAGAUAUUAAAGGCAGGGCUUCUAUCUUUAAAGUACAUUUAAGACCCCUGAAGUUGGACUCCAGUAUAGAAGUGGAGGCCUUGGCUAGGAAGCUAGCUGCACUAACUCCAGGUUUUACUGGGGCGGAUAUUGCUAAUGUGUGUAACGAAGCUGCUCUAAUAGCUGCACGCCACCUGAACCAACAUAUCAGUACUAAGCACUUUGAGCAGGCAGUCGACAGAGUUAUUGGAGGUCUGGAGAAGAAGACUCAGGUACUGCAGCUUGCAGAGAAGAUGACUGUGGCGUAUCAUGAAGCGGGACAUGCUGUGGUGGGCUGGUUCCUAGAGCAUGCAGACCCCUUACUUAAGGUGUCCAUUGUUCCCAGAGGGAAAGGCUUGGGAUAUGCGCAGUAUCUGCCCAAGGAGCAGUACCUGUUCACACAGGAGCAGCUGUUUGACAGGAUGUGUAUGAUGCUGGGCGGUCGAGUGGCUGAGCAGGUCUUCUUUCGGCGAAUCACCACAGGAGCGCAGGAUGACCUCAGGAAAGUCACGCAGUCUGCCUAUGCACAGGUUGUACAGUUUGGAAUGAACAAAGCGGUGGGUCUGGUGUCUUUUGACUUCCCUCAGCAGGGUGACGUAGUAACUGAGAAACCCUUCAGUGAACCAACAGCACAGCUUAUAGACCAGGAAGUACGCUUGCUUAUAGACGCUGCCUUCCAGCGAACACUUCAGCUUGUCACUGAAAAGAAAGAAAUGGUGGAGAAGGUGGCAAAACGUCUACUAGAAAAGGAAAUUCUAGACAAGGCAGACAUGGUGGAGCUGCUAGGAACUCGUCCCUUUCAGGAGAGGUCAUCAUACGAGGAGUCUGUCGAAGGAUUGGGGGAAUCUGAGGAGGAUACCUCUCUACCCCAAGGGUUACAGGACUGGAACAAGAGCAAAGGAGAUGAGAAACGUCAGUGCAAUAGGCAAAACAAAUCAGCCCUUUACCUGUAAGUGUUAGAUACAGUAUCAAGGCAAACUUCCCACUGAACUCAGGUGAAUAUUUCUCUAGUGCAACACCAUGUGGUCCCAACUGCGGCCUGUCAGGGCUUUAUAAAAAAAAAAAAUCUCACAGACAGCCGUAAAGGAAGGGAUGGUGAUGUGUUGAGCAGGUCUUAAAGGUCUGGAUUAUGCAGUGUUUUUUAUUUUCCAUGAAGAGGGCAGUUUGCGGCUUACAUUUCACUUGAGUUGCCUCUUCUUUGCAGGUUCUGAAUGAGUCCUACAUAAUAAUCUGUAGUCACAGUCACAAAAGUUAUGUUACAAAAAACAGAAAUCAAAUGAAAUGUUAUUUUUAAAAUUGAGAACUGGUUGACUCCAUAUUGCAGGUACAUCAGUUAUGUAUCUGGUAUCAUGUGAUAGUAUCAAAUGAAUUAGAUUUUAUUGCAAGGCUCAUUUCACUGAUUUAACGUCACUCAAUUUUUCCUUAAAUAUGUUGAUUCUUUAGCCUGUAGUAGAGAUUUCCAUAAUAACAAUGCUUCCAGUCUCAGCUACCACUUUAUUAUACUGGUGGCUAAAUAUUUCAAAUUUGUUUUCCGUUAGUGGGAGUUCAUGUUUCUUGUUUCUCAGAUAUUUAAAGAAACACUUCAUCCAAAAAUAAAAUUCAGCCAUUACCUAGUCAACCCUCCGCCAAUGGAAAGUCAAGUGAAGUUUCAGGGCAUAACAGCAUUUUCCUAAACUGAAGAAGCUGGGGACAAGCAGCAGUACACAAGGUCAAUGAGAACUCACUAUUUAUGUGUACUUCAGUGUUUACCUGCUACUUGGAAGCUCGCAUCACAUGUCAGCAGUGUAUGGACAUGCGUUUGAGCUUGUGCAUCCUCAGCUUCUGCAUUUGUUCAGGAGAAUGGUGCCACCCUGUUUUUCUAUUGAGCUCCACAAAUGUUUUGUGGGCUAAGAAAAUUUUUGACACUGUGGGGGUGAAUAGAUAAUGGUUGAAUCCUUUGUAAUUCCUUUGAGAUUCCUGAGGUAUGUUGACUGUGCUUUUAACUUUUUAAAAUAUUCUUCACUGUUUUACAAUCAAGACUUUCGUUUCAGGGACACUCUGUCUCAACUUAAAUACAUUAAUCUCGUACUCCUCCAGAAGAAUUCAGUGUUCUUUAGCCUGGUUCUCAUUUAUAUGUCAGUGAGGGCUGUUAAAACUCAGUGUUUUUUUCAUUUUCGUCGUGCACAUAUGGCUAAUGUUACAAAUGUUAUUGGAUCACAUGUACUGUAGAUUGUUUUCUGUUCCUCCCAUAGUGCUACAUGUUAGCAUUGAUGUACUUUAGAACUGAGAGCAACCGAGCUGCAUAAGAAUCAAGAAUAGCAAACACCACAACGAAUGCCACACAAUGUAAGUUUUCUAAAGCAGAUUUUAAACUCACACACACUACCUCACAGUCUCUGUAUUCUUAAAUACCUCUUAGCCAUUAGCCUCUGAGCAAGUCAUUGGUCACAGUACUCACACUGCAGUCUGCUAAUUCAUUGUUAUGUCCUCAUUUGUUGCUGAUCAUAAGAGAUGAUUUCCACGUCGAUGCUUUCUGUGCUUUACUGUACUUCAUGUUGAUAAGUAAGGGUUCAAAGUGAAGAGUAACUGACUUCUACAAGGAUGGACGGAAUAGGUGGCCUUCUUCAGCUCCAUCUACAUUUAUUAACAUGGCAACAAAUAGCUGUUGUUCAGGAAGCUUAUGUUUGACUGUUUUCCUGUAUUGUAUCUCAAGCAAGCUAAGCUAGAUAGCUAUUCAUGUAGCGUUCUCAUUUCAUGUACUUGAGAACCACUCCUGAGUGAAUAGGCCUAAUAUAAAAACUUGAAGUAAUGACAGUAUGAGCAGUGUGGGCCCUUCUGAGGAUUUAAAUCAGGUUUUCCAAUAGAUGGUUAGGGUAAGGGACCACAACCCGCAUGACACAAAUGCAGAUUUCAAAAAACAUUAACAAGUGAUGAGAAGCUGAUUACAUUCAAAUAUAUUGUAUGUGUUGUGCCUGCUUGACAAUGCACUGUUGUAGCUUCGCUUGAUGCAUAUUUAUUUUUUACAAGUCAGUGACUGUUAUUACUUUUACACUGAGAUGUCAAGAUGAAUAAAACAUCUAAAAUGUGAGGCUGUCAGGGCUCACACCAAUAUUAAACGAUUUUUAUACCCCA